UCGAUGGGUGACGUCAGGUGACGUUUGGAGAAAAACAUGUCUGCCCCCGUUAAGGCAAUGCUGCUGUAAUCCAAUUUGUUAAGGAUUAUCUAAAAUAAAGUUAGUCUAGACAUUUAAUCAAGCUGCAUCGCAAUCGAACAGUAGCGACCUUUGUAAUGAAGACUUUCUGUGGACGUGCGAACCCAGCCACAGGCGCGUUGGAUUGGGUUGAGGAGAGUGAAGAAUAUGACUACCAUCAGGAGAUUGCCAGGUCCUGUUAUGCUGACAUGCUACACGAUCAUGAUAGGAAUGAGAAGUACUACCAGGGGAUCAGGGCUGCUGUGAGUAGAGUGAAGGCACGCGGGGAGAAAGUCAUAGUUUUGGACAUUGGCACUGGAACAGGACUACUCUCCAUGAUGGCUGUCACAGCCGGUGCUGACUACUGCUAUGCUGUGGAGGUUUUCCAGCCCAUGGCGGCCGCGGCUCUCCAAAUAGUUGAGAGAAAUGGUUUCGCCGACAAGAUCAAAAUCAUCAAUAAACACUCGACCGAAGUGACAGUUGGACUGGACGGGGACAUGCAGACCCGGGCCAACGUCCUCAUCACAGAGCUGUUUGACACAGAACUGAUCGGAGAGGGAGCCUUACCCAGCUAUGAACACGCUCAUUUAAACCUGGUCCAGGAGGGCUGCGAGGCCGUGCCCCAUCGUGCCACAGUGUACGCCCAGCUGGUGGAGUCCGAGCAGCUGUGGAGCUGGGCGCAGUUACAACCCGUGGAAGUCGACGGUCGCAAACUGCUGCCCCCGCCUGCUGUGGGUGGCUGCGCCGGAGCCCACUCCGUGUGUGACAUCCAGCUGAGCCAGGUGCCCCCAGACCGCUUCACACCACUGGGGCCUCGCUGCACCAUGUUCAGUGUGGAGUUCAGUAAGCCGGUGAGCAGUGCCCCUCAGUCCCACUCCUCGAGAUUCACAGCCCAGUCCAGCGGCCGGGCUCAGGUGGUCCUGUCCUGGUGGGACAUAGACAUGGACCCGAGUGGCUCCAUCAUGUGUUCCAUGGCUCCGAGCUGGACCUACCCAGACCCUGGUUCCUCUCCCUGGCGGGAUCACUGGAUGCAGAGUGUCUAUUUUCUUCCUGUGGAGAGGAAGGUGGUCAAGGGGGAGGAGCUCAGCCUUACAGUGAACCAUGACGACUACAGUCUGUGGUACAGCAUACAGACAGUCAGUCAACAGGGUCCGGUGAGUGAAGCACCCACCUGUAGGCCGUGUUGCGUCUGUCAGGCGCACCUGGUGUGGACGAGGCCGCGCUUCGGUGAGCUCAACGACCGCCGGCGCACGCAGAGCUACGUUAACGCUCUUCGCAGUGUUGUGAAAGCAGAAAGCGUGUGCCUAGGGGUCAGUGAUGGGAGUUUGCUACCUGUCUUCGCUCACAUGCUUGGUGCUAAGAAGGUGUUCAGUUUGGAAAGCACCAGAAUGUGUAAGCAGGUCAUUGAACAGGUUUUGGAUGCGAACUCCAUGAGAGGUGGGGUCCAAAUUCUGGGCAUUCGACCUGACCAGCUGUCCAGUACUGACCUGGAUGGGGAACAGAUAUCAGUGUUAAUGGGAGAGCCCUACUUCAGCACCAGUCUACUGCCCUGGCACUCCCUGUUCUUUUGGUACUGUCGCACUUCCCUGGCCCGCCUGCUCGCACCCGACGCCACCAUCUUGCCUUGCUCUGCCACACUGAACAUGGUCGCUGUGGAGUUCCGGGACUUGUGGAGGAUAAGAGCUCCUUGUGGUACAUGUGAAGGCUUUGAUGUUGGACCUAUGGAUGAGAUGGUUCAGAAGUCUCUGGAUUUCCACGAGUCACGCGAGGCAGAGCCACACCCCCUAUGGGAGUACCCGUGUCGAGCCCUGACCCAAUCCAAAGCUGUCAUGAAUUUUGACUUCCUACAGUGUGUUCCUGCACAGCCAAUCAGCAGUAAGGGAUCGAUACCACUUAUAAGGAGAGGACGUUGUCACGGUGUGGCUUUGUGGAUGGACUACCAACUGAAUGACGACAUCACAGUUAGCAUGGGCCUGACGAAGCCAGUCAGUGAUGAGGGUGUCUGUGAAUGGAGUCUCCAUCGGAAACAAGGAGUGUACUUCUUCAGGUCUCCCUGGGAGGGCUCAGGGGAUGAAGGCGCCUCCAUAUCUUACACUUUCACAUUUGAACCCAGCAUUGGGGACAUCAAAAUGGACUUCACAGUUGACUCCAGUAAUUGACCAGUAGCAGGCUACACCCAGUAUAUGUAUUUAGAAAGCUAUAGGUUGGUUUCUACACAGAUGACGUUUCAAAUAAAUCUCGAAAAACUUUU